UGAGAUUGUGCUCUAACCACCCUGGGCAUUAUAAGCUUAUGGCCCAUGAGGCGCGUGUGCUAGUGUGUUUCAUAUCACGUUGGAUGCCACUGAACAAUAACUUUAAAAAAUUGAUGGGGAGUCAAUGCGUUUAUGAAAGCUUUCCAAGGGAUCCACUGAUUGAAACGCGUUUAGUUUGGGUUCUGCAGUCAGACACUCUUGAGGUGACGCAUACACCCAUACAUAGGCUACCACUCUUACACGGAGAGAAAGGCUACAUCUUGAACAACAUCAAAUAAAAUAUGUAAUUCCAGAAAUCAGAAUCAUGUCAGGAGUUUUAUCUGGCAUAAAGACGUCUGGCUGAGGGUUAACUUCGCGCGCAUUAGUAAUGCAUGAGUAGUGGGAGGGGGCUGACGGUGCACGAUGCCCCCCAAUAGACUCUCGAGACAUUGUCAUGGAAAGAGACCACCGCCUCGUUAUUGUCUCGCGGACUGCCAAGUUUAUUAUAAACACUGCGCGAGCUGGCCGGUGCGCUGUCAUACUGAGCGCAAGGCGAGGUGGUCCGGAAGGGAGCGAGAGCGAAACUGACGUGGAUGGAAGAGGAAGAUACUGAUACUGAGAGAGAAAAGAAAGAAAGAGAUUUUAGGAAUAUUACUUUCAAGGAAGAGAGAGCGACGUGAAGAAAGACAUAUAUAUGGUAAAAUAACAUCCUGCUUUGACUGAAAACAAGAAAACCAAAUUGAGAGCGGGACUGAACUCGGGGACCUAAAGCUGGUCAUUGGAGAAAUUUGAAAAACGGAAUUCAUUCUGUGGUGUUUUUACAGCUUUAACCGUUUUAAUUCCUCUCGAAUCCGGAGAAGUACAUUUCAUCCAGCGCUCGCCCCAGAGUUCUCGUCCUCGCGCCUCCAUGUAUAAAAUGGAUUACUCCUACCUGAACUCAUAUGACUCGUGCAUGGCGGCCAUGGAGGCAUCGGCCUACGCGGACUUCAGCUCGUGCAGUCAGGCCAGCUCGUUCCAGUACAACCCGAUCCGGACCGGGUUCGGUGCCAACCCGGGAUGCGCACCUCUGAGCACCGCUAGCUGCACACUGGGGUCCCUUCGGGAGCACCAGCCCACACCCUACUCCACAGUUCCAUAUAAAUUCUUCUCCGACCCAUCCGGUUUAAACGAGAAGCGGAAACAGCGGCGCAUAAGGACCACCUUCACGAGCUCACAGCUGAAGGAGCUGGAGCGCGUGUUCGCGGAGACCCACUAUCCCGACAUCUACACGCGCGAGGAGCUUGCGCUCAAGAUCGACCUUACAGAGGCGCGGGUGCAGGUGUGGUUCCAGAACCGGAGGGCUAAGUUCCGUAAGGUGGAGCGUGCGGCCAACUCUAAAUCUGGUAAUGGGACUGGGGGCCCAGGAGGGAACAAUGGCAAUGCUGGGGGGAAAAAGGGUGAGCCCAGAUCUUCCUCAGAUGAUGACGAAUCAAAAGAGUCCACCUGCAGUCCCACCCCUGACAGCACCGCCUCGCUGCCCGGGUCAGCCAAUGGGAACAUGGGUAGCCCUGCCAGCCUCAGCCCCAGCCCCGCCCCUGCUAAUGGUGGCUACGCCAACACCUCCAGCUCCCCCGUUCUACAGGGGCUCAAAUCUCCUGGCUGGCCCAGCCUAGGCCCCGCCCACCCAGGAAUGGCACAACCCGCAGCCCAGGCUCCAGAGCUGCUGAAGGCGUGGCAGCCGGCAGACAGUAUGACAGGGCCUUUCGCUGGCGUGCUCUCCUCCUUCCACCGGAAACCCAAUGCUCUCAAGACUAACCUGUACUAGAGACAAGGAGCAGAGAUCUCUAGUAUAAUUACUGUAUAUCUAUACAGACUAACCUGUAUUAGAGACAAGGAGACAGAUAUCUAGUACAAUUACUGUAUAUCUAUACAGACUAACCUGUACUAGAGACAAGGAGACAGAUCUCUAGUAUAAUUACUGUAUAUGUAUACAGACUGACCUGUACUAGAGACAAGGAGACAGAUCUCUAGUAUAAUUACUGUAUAUCUAUACAGACUAACCUGUACUAGAGACAAGGAGACAGAUCUCUAGUAUAAUUACUGUAUAUCUAUACAGACUAACUUGUACUAGAGACAAGGAGCAGAGAUAUCUAGUAUAAUUACUGUAUAUCUAUACAGACUAACCUGUAUUAGAGACAAGGAGACAGAUCUCUAGUAUAAUUACUGUAUAUCUAUACAGACUAACCUGUACUAGAGACAAGGAGACAGAUCUCUAGUAUAAUUACUGUAUAUCUAUACAGACUAACCUGUACUAGAGACAAGGAGACAGAUCUCUAGUAUAAUUACUGUAUAUCUAUACAGACUAACCUGUACUAGAGACAAGGAG